AACACCACAGCCAUUUCUGGUGGGCCCCACCUUUCUCCCUCUCUCUUCUCUCUCCUUCCCCACACGCACGUCCCCUGCUUUUUCUAUUUCAUUUCCGAAUUUACAACAUAAUAACCAGAGAUUCACAUACCCAUUAAUUCAUUUAAUAAUAACAAAUAUAAAAAAUUAAAUUAUUUUUUAUUCAUGAAUUUGGAUUUGUUGAUUAUUCUACAGAAAGUAUUAUCUUAUUAUCAUAAAAGGAAAGGAAUGGAGGAUUCACAAUCAAAUUCAACCCCCAAGUCUCUGAUGGAAAACCUGUUAGGCCUUUUGAGGGUUCGUAUCAAGCGUGGUGUCAACCUCGCCGUUCGUGAUGUCCGAAGCAGUGACCCUUACGUUGUCAUCAAGAUGUCCAACCAGAAACUAAAGACUCGUGUGAUUAAGAAAGAUGUGAAUCCUGAGUGGAAUGAAGACCUUACGCUUUCUGUUGUAAAUCCUAAUCACCCAGUCCAACUGACUGUGUAUGACCACGACACUUUUAGCAAAGACGACAAAAUGGGAGAUGCAGAAUUUGACAUCUUGCCCUUUUUAGAAGCCUUGAAGAUGAACUUAACUGGCCUUCCAAAUGGUACCACAAUCACUAGAGUACAACCAAGCAGGAAUAACUGUCUGGCAGAUGAGAGCUGCAUCACUUAUAGCAACGGCAAGGUUGUCCAAGAUAUGAUCCUUAGAUUGCGAAACGUGGAAUGCGGCGAAGUGGAAAUCCAAUUGCAAUGGAUUGAUCUUCCGGGUUCUAAAGGUUUAUGAUCUUAUGGGAUGUUUGUGUAUUAACAAUUACAUGAAUAUAAACUGGCUUUUGCCUUGUACUACUACCUAUGGUCGGUUUAUCUAAGACUAAGACUUUGUUGGAGGAACAUACUAAAUUUGUAUUUAUAUCAGGUUUAUGUUGCAUUAGUACAGUUGAGAAAUUUCUUUUUUCAUGUUUAAGAAUCUAUCCUUCGGUCUGUGUUUUUCUU